AAUCUUACAUAAAUCUAAUGCUAUCGAUAACAGCCAGGGUGAAGAAACUUAUUGUAUUACUUUUAAAUUUGUGUUCGUUAUGGUUAUCUAUGAAGAUUCAAAUGGUUUACAUUUUCGCUUGUUGAUAUUGCUUCAUGUUCUGAAAAUUGGAUUGGACCGUCCGGUUUGAUCGAAUUAACCGGGAACCGAUCUUCUGAUCGGUCCGGUUGAUAUUUAAAAUUGUCCUGCAAAAAAUCAGAUGAAUCGGCGGUUAACCAGUAAACAGACGGAACCGGACCGGUUUUUUGGGUUACCGUUCGGAUUUAUAUAUAUAAAAAACCCCACAGAACCCACCCCCAUCCGUUUCUCUCUCUGACUCUCCGAGGACCCAACCAUAACCCCCUUUCUCCCCCGCUGCCUUCUCCAUCGCCAAACUCAUGUCCACCGCUGUCUCAACCCCGCCAUCGCAUCUGCUCCAGUCGCCAUUCCCACUGCUCGCCGCUCGUCUCUUCCGUCGCAACGCGUCUCGCGUCGCCGCUCGUCUCCUCUGUCUCGUUCCUCUGUGGCGGCCCUUGUCUUCUCUUCGACGUCGCUAGAAGUCGUGCUCGGAGGUGUUGGCGUCGCAAUCUCCGUCGUCCUCGUUAAGCCAGUCUCCGUUGUCGUCGUCGGCCCUGAAAUCGUCGUCUCUGUCCUCGUGUCAAGCCUGUAUCUUCGAGUCCCUUCUCUCUCUGUUUGAGGUCACAUUCUUCCUCCCUCGCGGUCACUUCCCUUCCUCCCUCGCUGCCGAAGCAAAAGAUGAUAAGAGCGGUGCUCGUGAUGAACACGCAGGGGAGACCUCGUAUCACCAAAUUCUAUGAAUUUUGGCCUGUGGAGAAACAGCAUGAAGCAAUUCGCAAUGUCUUUUCAGUCUUGUGCAGUAGAGCAGAACAUGUAAGCAAUUUCGUGGAUGCUGAAUCCAUUUUUGGCCCGGAUUCUCGCCUUGUCUACAAGCAUUUUGCAACUUUGUACUUUGUGUUGAUAUUUGAUAGCUCUGAAAAUGAGCUUGCAAUGCUCGACUUGAUACAAGUCUUUGUUGAAACAUUGGACAAAUGCUUCAGAAAUGUAUGCGAGCUUGACAUUGUGUUCAACUAUAGUAAGAUACAUGCCAUACUAGACGAGAUUAUUUUUGGAGGUCAGGUAUUGGAGACAAGUUCAACAGAGGUUAUGAAGGCUGUCGAGGAAAUAACAAAGCUAGAAGCAGCAUCCAAUGCAAUCAAUCUUGUUUCAAAGUCUGUUUCUAAUUGGAGGUCGCGGUAGCUUUGGUAAGGUUAAGCUUCUUGAAUUACAUGCUUUAACAAAUACAAGGGAUUUGUAAAGUGAAAUAUGUUUGAUCAGACAAGUCAGUAGGACGUGGUCUUUUUCUCCCCUCAAAUUUGAUUGAGUGAUGGGAAGAUCCGGCACAUGUUUUGCAGUGCCCUACAUUUGUUUUGUCCGAGAGAUUAUUUGUUAUUUGAUGUCUAAUGUUAAAAUGUUACUUAA